AUGGCUCCUGGGUGGACCCCAGAACUUCUGGAUGCGUUUGGAUAUACAAGCUCGGAUUCCGUCCGAUUUGUCAAAUACCUACACGUUGACGGCACGAUCGUGACCGACAGAUGGCUCGGACUAGGCGCAUCAGGGCUUGUCGUUGAGCAGGGACCGUACGCAGUCAAACUGCCAGUCCUUUCACGAGAUGCCGAGGAGGAUGAAGAUGGAGUGCCUUUGAAAGUGUAUUCCUUGACACCCAAGAAGGGGGAGUAUGACGACCGAGCCAUCGCGGUCGAACAUAUACAAACCGAGAAGGCCAAUCACAUGACGACUAGGCAGCCACAGUGGGAUCCCACACGCCAGAUGCAGUUAUCCUGGUUCACCAAGCUAGCGCACACCCUGGUCUACGUCCACGAACGUCGGGUGAUUGUCUCGGAUAUUCGCCUGGACAAUUUCCUGCUCGACGAGUCCCUUGCGAUCCGAUUUUGCGAUUUUGGCAAUGCGGAGGCGAUGCCGCUUGAUUGGGAUCUGGAGGGGUCGGACAAGUACGGAUAUUCGAUCUCGAGUGACCUGGGACAAUUUGGCGCCGUUAUGUACGAAGUCAUCACCGGGCGCAAGUGUGCAUACGACUUGGUCUGGUUGGGUUGCGGAAUACCGGGUUACCCCCACGACGGGAAGAUCUGCCAGCAACCCAAGAUGUCUGGCUGGGAGCUCGCCGCAGCGCUGGACAAGGCCGCAGAAAUUCUCGAAGUUGAGACGGGGGCCGAAUCACCAAAAGAGACACAAGAGACGUCAGUGAAUGGCAACUGUUCGUCUGAGUCUGUCGAUCUUCCAUCAAUUUCUCCACAACCGGAGACUGAUUUGCAAAAAGAGACACGAGAACAAUCUACGAAUGACAACUAUUCGUCUGAGGUUAUCGAUCUUGCAUCCAUUUCUUCACAACCGAAGACUGAUUUGCCGAAAGAGACACAAGAACAAUCUGUGAAUGACAGCCAUUUGUCUGAGCCUGUCUGUCUCUUGCCGACUCCUUCGAAGCCGUGGAUUGUCGGAGACAAUACGCCGGCUCUUGCAACUUGA